GUAUACGUAAAGUACCAUUAGACAAGGUAUUAGCUUUUCGCGAACGGCGAAGUGAUACUUCCGCGGACUGCACUUCAUAAGCUCACGGACUGAACCUUACUUUCUGCGAGAUACCCUUGUAAAGGCUCAACUAUUUUAGGCUCGCAGGUCAGUUUGGGAAGACUAGUGGAGCGCUGGAGGAGGGCACCCGAAGCGCACUCUGUUUUCGCAGCGCUUGGACUUGCCCAGCGGCCUCCUGCACAGGUGCCGCGGAGCUAAUGGCGGAGCAUCCAGCAACCUGUUGAACCAACAGGCAAAAUGCCCGUGCAUUUCCCUUCCAACCAGCCUCCCCAGCAGAAUGGGGGAGGCGGUGGAGGAGAGGGCUCGGUGUGGGAGAACCUGCGGGCCAUGCUGGGCGGAAAUUCCUUCUCGGAGGACCAGCAAAUGAGGCUAGCCCCGCCGCAGACCCAGCAGUCACACCAGGCGCCGCAGCAAUAUGCUGGGAACUACCAGCAGCAGCCCUAUCAACAGCAAUACCAGCAGCCCUACCAGGCGACGCCGCAGCAGCACCACUUCGCUGCGCCAGCGGCGCCCAAGUCGGGCUUGUCGGGCUUCUUGCGCCCGUUCUCGGGCAAGCAUGGGAACGAGGUGCUCAAGCUGGGCUCAACACCAGAGGAGGCUGCAGUUGCCCAGCCCAACGCGAAGGACUGGAACACGUUCGUGCAAGGGUGGCUGGAGGACGACAAUGAUCCCGUGUCGGUGGAGCAAUUCAACGGGCGGGUCAAUUUUGCGACUAACAAUGCGCUGCUGGAGAACGCCGAGCGCCAGGAGCACGGGCCGGCGACCAUCGGGGGGCCGGGGCAACCAGUACCGCAAGGGCAGCGCUCCAGGAAGUCAGCGAUCCGCGGCGUGUCUGCGGCUCCCAAGGGCCGGGCGAAGUCGGCGUUCAGGCGACCGGGGGCCGUUAGCGCGAAGCCCGUCGCGCUGGCGCCGGAGGAGGACGAGGAGAUGCCGGAGGAGAAGGGCAUUAUUAAGAAGAAGAAGAAGUCAAAGCGCGAUAAGAAGAACCCGUUCAUCAUGCCCUCGCUGCACACGUUCGCGUUCGAGCACCUGGUGCACAACAUCGUGUGGCGCGUCGGGCGGAACUUCGGCUUCCAGGCGUUCAACAUUAACCCUGCUACACGCAACAGGGGCAACACGGCGGAGUGGACGCCGGCCAGCAUCUUCGUGGCCAGCGACCACCUGGUGCAGAAGCUGGUGCGAAACUACUUCAUCAGGCGCGAAAAGGGCGAGGACGAGCGGCAGGAGGAGCGCUUCGCUAAGGCGGUGUUUGAGCUGCACACGACCAUCUUCUACUCGUUUGAGGAGCACUGGACGCACAUGCACGGCCUGUCCAUUCGGCCACAGGUCAUGCAGGACGUGCUGGACCGGAGCCGCUUUUGCGAUGAGACGGUGGUGUGCGGCAUGCUGACGGAGCUGGCGCUGUACUACCUGAUCUACACGGAGUCGUCCUCCAUGCGCCACACGCCGGAGCUGCUGUGGUUCAUUUACUGGUGCUGCAACCACAGCUACGUGAUGCAGGACCUGUGGAGCCGCGACCCGCCCGAGAACUUCCCCAACAUCCGGGAGGUGCGCAUUGGGCUGCGCAACAAGCACCAGGCGCUCAUCCGCGAGCUGCAGCACACGCUGGGUAUCUACCCCGACCGCAUCCGCCCCGAGGACUGCGGCCGCCUGGGGCCCAUCAUGUCGCGGCUCAAGGGCAGCGACGUGCCGGAGGACCAGCGCAUCAUCAUCGCCGACCUGAUCGCCUUCGGUGACGGCAACUUCUACUACGAGCGCGUGGUGACGCCCAUCUUCUACGUCAUCAGCUACGAGGUCGACCACCUGUCCAACCUGGGCGUGGAUGUGGCGUUCCGGCUGGGGUACGACGACAUCAACGAGUCGAUGGCGCACACCGGCAUUGUGCGCCUGGCGCUGCGCGACCUGCGCGUGCGCGGCGAGCAGAUCCUGCGCGGCGAGGUCAACGACUCCUACGGCACCAUCACACGCCUGGGCUACAAGCGCGGCACCGCGGAAACGCACUUCGACCCGCAGGUGGCCGCCGACUGGUGGCGCACCAACGUGUUCGUGAAGACGUACCGCGAGCGCCGCACCUGGGCUGCCGUGUUCCGCGCCUACUACCGCGUCAUUGCGGCGCACCUGGUGCUGUACCACGGCAUGCAGGCGCAGGCGUUUGCGGGCUGGAAUUACCGCCUGAUCAGCAGCUGCCUCAUCACGCACGCCUUUUGCACCGCCUUCGAGCGCUUCUGCAACUGGUACAUGACGCGCCACCCGCCGGAGCCGCUGCAGACGGCGCUGUCCAAGGUGUUCGACAAGAAGGGCCAGUUCAGGAUCACGCGGCGUGGUGCGCAGGCGCUGGCGCAGGCGCGUGCAGAGGGCUUCGGCGAGAACAAGGCCAUCGGCGCGGACAAGUCGCGACUGCAGCCGGUGCGCGUGGUGGAGCUCGAGGGCAGCCCCUACCUGGGCAUCUUCGGCUUCGUGGAGUGGGUCAUGCUGGCCUUCUUCAUGUGUGGCUGGUACGUGCUGCAGUACUACGAUGGCCCCUUCCGCAACUUCUGCCACGAUUACUGGCCGCUGUUCUCGUGGUGCUACAUCGGCGCCUACGUGGGCCACUUCAUCCUCACCACCCGUGACGGCUACGUGAUCUCGCUCACGCACGCGCUGAACCUGGGCCCCCUUGCCAAGGCCAGCUCCUCGCGCCCUGACCCGAUCAACUGGAUCUACGGCACCAUGCACAUGAAGUGGAAGCUGUUCCGGCUGAACGCGCUGUUCUGGAUCAUCGCCUUCGCCAUGAAGGUUCCCUUCGACUAUUACAUUAUUUGCCUGCCCUCCGUGGAGCCGUUGAAACUGACGUUUGCGGUGAAUUGGCUGGAGUGCCCGCGCGACCACCCGCGCUACUGGGGCGUCAUCCCCUGCGUCGGUGGCGACUGGGUGCUGGCCUUCGUACGCCUGGCGCCCUUCGUCAUCGUCAUCCUGCUGGACACCUCGCUGUUCUACCAGGUCACCACCACGCUGUUCGGCCUCUUCCGCGGCCUGUUCAAGCUGGACCUGGGCGUGCUGACUGCGUGGGAGGAGGUGGUGAAGGAGUUCUACAAGGCGCCCUACCGCUGGUGGUUCCGGUGCAUGAGCGAGAGUGGCAACCGCAACCAGCUGACGCUGCUGAAGAUGAUGCUCUUCGACAACGCGGCCGACCCGGAGACCGGCGCCAUUGUGUCGGACGGCCGCAUGUUCAAGAAAGCGGUGUUGACGCCCGAGGAGAUCAUGGGCAAGCAGAAGAAGGUGGUCAACACGCAGCAGGCGCUGGAUCAAGCAGGCGCAAACGACGACGACAGCGCGGCGGCAGCGGGCGGGCAGGGCCCGCGCGGCGUCCCUGGCAAGGGCGGCCAGGGCGGUGCCGGUAAGGGCGCCGACGGCAAGCCGCUGUCUCAGGGCUGGAAGAUGGCGCUGCAGAACUUCGGCAUGGGCGGCGGCGCAGGCGCCGGUGGCAAUGCCGGCGGGGGUGGCAAGAUUGUCGCGCCCAAGGGCGGCCCAAUGCUGCCCACCAGCACCAACAUGAAGCAGAUGCAGCAGCAGCUGAACAAGAUGCAGCGCCUGCCGCAGAAACUGCCCAUGACCACCAUCACCGAGCGCAUGAUUGCCACCACGGAGAAGAAGGACAACCAGAUGGCGGCGGAGGGGAAGCCCACGCUGGCCUCGGUGGCGGAGAAGCUGCUUGGCAACAAGGCGGCGGCGCAGGCGGCGCAGCAGCUGAAAACCAUGACGCCGGAGGAGAAGCGCAAGGAGAUUGUUGCGCGCAUCCAGGCAGCGCAGAUGCAGCGCAAGGCGCCCGGCGCCGCGGUGCCGGACGACGGCCCCUCGGGCGCGGGCCUGCCCUCGGGUGACAUGAUGGCGGGCGGUGGCGGCGGCCUGAGCGCGGGCGUGAUGGUGAAUGCCAGCAAGGACGCGCCGCCAAUGCAGCCCGGCGGCCGCUGGGGCCGUGCGCUGGGCGCCUUCCGCCAGCGCCGCAGCAGCGCUGGCGACGCCCCGGAUGGCGAGGGCUCCGGCGACAAGGCCGAGACACGGCGCGACACUCUGACGCAGGUGGCGGGCGAGGACGUGCCCCUCGCCAAGCCCGAUGCCGAGGAGGUGCUGCGGCCCUUCAGCGGUGCCGCCGCCAGCCGCAAGGCGCUGGUGCCGCGCGGCAGCGCCGGCGAGGAUGGCGUCAAGGCGGACGCGGCGCUGGAGGAUGCGGAUGUGGAUGACGACAAGGACAAGCCCGCGUCGGCCGGCAGCGCAGCCACGGUGGCCACGUUGGAGCGCGCGGGCGUGCUGGGGCCUGGCUUUACCGCCGCCGGCUCUUCGUCCAUGCCUCGCGUUGGAACGCCGACGCUCAUGGGGGCGAGGGUCAGCGCUGGCGGCGCGCCGCCUGAGGCCGUGGGCCUGCCGCCUAGCAUGGCUGGACUGCAGCCCUCGGCAUCCAUGCUGCGCGGCGCGCCGGCUACCGGCAAUGCCCGCAUGAGCACCAACGGCAUUGCCUCCCCGCCGGCGGCGAUGGCGGUCGCGAGCGCAGACGCGCCGCCGCGCUACUCGUGGACGGGUGCGCCCUCUGAUGCCGAGGCCAUGGGCCGCCAGCUGAGCGUGAACCGCGCUGCGGCGGAGACUGCCGCCGCCGCGCGCACGACCGGCAGCGCCGUUGCCUCGCCCACGACCGGCUACCGUCCCACGCGGCUGAGCAGCGGUCCUAAGGAGGCCGCCGGCAGCGGCAUGAGCGUCACUGGCCGUCUGUCCGACAUGGGCGAGCUGCUGGGCCCCGCGGGGCGGGCGGCGCUUGCAUCGGGCGGCGACGACACCAAGCUGCAGGUGGUGAACGAGGACGACGACGACCUGGACGGCGGCUACCAGGGCUACCAGCGCGUGUUCAGCGAGGGCAAGGAGAGCAUGGACGGCGGCGCAGCGGGCGGCAGCGGCGCUGGCAGCCGCAUGGCUUCCGUGGCGCCCUCGCCGGUGCCCAUGCGCCUGCCGUCGCCGCUCCUGGCGUCCGGCGCCGCUGCGGCGCCGCUGCGUAACAGCAGCGGCGCCAGCGGCAGCGGCGUGGGGGCGCCAGCGGCUGCAAAGGCGGACGGCGUGGUGCGGGCGGUGUCUUUGUCGCAGUCGGAUCAUGCAGACCUCAAUGACUUCCUGAAUGAGGUCGAGGCUGCAGAGUCGGCACCGCCCCGUACUGCUGGCAGCAACGGCAGCGGCGGCGCUCGCCUCAGCGCGACUGGCGGCAGCAACGGCAGCGGCGGUGCUCGCCUCAGCGCGACAGGCGGUCGCCUCAGUGCCACUGGCACUCGGCUAAGCGGCGCCGGCGCGGGCAGCAGCGGCUCAAACAAGCCUGGGCCUGUGGCUGAGGGCCUGGAGCCCGUGGCGGCUGCGGAUGUUGCGGAGCGGCUUACAAGUAACUUGGCCACGGCAGCUGGCGAGUGGAGCAAGCUGCUGCACAGCGGCAUGGGGCCGCUCGUCACGAUCGCGGGCAAGUGGGUGCAGCCCAAACCCGUGAUUGAGGAGGUUGAGGAGGAAGAGGAGGAGACUACGUCAGGCAGCAGCGACGCACAACCCGCCGAGGGCGAGGCAAUGGAGGAGGAGAGCGAGGAGGGGAGCGAGGAGGAGAGCGAGGAGGAGGCCGGCUGGUGGGAGCGGCGUGUGCAGGCAUCGGAGCGGCGGCAGCAGACAGGCGACGCGAUGGCGGAGGAGAAGGUGCUCGCCAGCAUGACCGCCUUCCGCGCCGACGGCGAGCCGGUUGCUAUGGCAUAUGAGUGGCGCGUGGAGGAGGCGGAGGCCUACGAUGAUGGAGAGUCUAGCCCGCGCGCCGCGGCUGCAGCCCGGCGGGCGGCGCAGGCGCUGGCAGCGCUUGAGGGAGUGGAGAUGAGCGAGAUAGCGCCAGCGGAUACCAACCCCGCUGUGGCGUCGCCAGCGGACGGAAGCCCCACACCGCGUGCCCGCGCCCGCGCGCACCUACAACGCACCAUCUCCAGUGCCUCUUCAGCUGCCGGCGACUCGCACAAGCACCUGCGUGUGCACGCCAGCGCGCACGCCGCGGCGGUCGCCAGCAGCGCAGGCGCUGCCGACUCUGCUGCCUGGGCGGCAGUGGCGGCGGCGGCGAAGCGUCACGGCCCCGUGGCAGAGGCGCGCGAGCUCGCCUUUGCCCCAGACGUUGACGGCGGGGACGACACGCCAACACGCAAGCGCGCACAGGCAGCGGGUAUGGACCCGGCGCUGGUGCACGGGCUGAGCAGGAAGCGGGAGGGCGAGGAGGGCGCCGCUGGCGGGCCUCAGGUGGUUCGCUCCGUUUCAGGCACCUCGCUGCACAGCAACUUCUUCAAGGACGCGAAGGACGAGGACGCAGAGUCGGCCUCGCCCAGCGUGACCGCUGGCGCGCCCAAACGCCACAUCCGCAUCGCUGCUGGUGAUGGCAACAGCCCCUCGGGCGCUGCGGCGGGCGGCAGCAAGACCAGCGGCCACAGCAGCAAGAAGCGCGGCGUGGCGUUUGGCGGCGAGGAGGUGGAGGAGUAUGAUGUGAACAGCGGGCCAGGGCAGAUCGGCCUGCCGCCCAGCACCAACGCGGCUGACAGCCCCGCCGGCGGUGCAGGAGGCAAGGCUGGUGGCGACGGCAUCAUGUCGCGCUGGCUGAACGCGCUUGGCGGCAACACCAGCAACAAGGUGGCACCUUCGCCCAGCGGUAACGGGCCCAUUGACGACGUGGAAGAUGAGGAGGCAGCGGUGCGGGCGGCGGCCAGGAUGGCUGGUGGCAGUGGCAGUACGCACGCACGCCCCAAGAGCGCCUUCCGCACUAGCAACACCAGCCAUGGGCACGACAAGCACGGCUCGCACAAGGAGGGUGGCGGCAUCUCUUUCAAGCUCGGCAACAGCAGCCAGCGGCCUACCACCGCCGGCCAGGGCCGCCCCACGACGGCGCUGCCGCGCAGUGUGCAGGGCCGCACGCAUGCCAAGAAUAGCUCGCACGGCGAAUCAUCGUUCGUGGAGCCGGGCGGUGCGCGGCCGACAACGGCGCUGCGUCCAACGACGGCACUUCGGGCAACAACGGCGCGGCCCACGACGGCUCUGCUGCGCCCCAUGACAGCGCUACUGGGCGGUGACGAUCCCCACAAGGCGGCGAAGCGGCGCGAGAAGAAGGAGCGCGAGCAGGCGAUUGAGCGUGCCGCCGACGGCCUGACCCGGCAGCACUCACUGGUCAUCCUGGACGGCGCGGACGCGGAGGAGGACGAGGAGAUUGAUGAGGUGCACGCACAGAUGAUGAUGUGGAACGCCUUCGCGCAGGCGUGGGACAAGAUCAUUGAGGACUUGCGCGAGGCGGACCACAUCAACAACGCGGAGAAGGAGAUGCUGUCGUUCGUGCGCCUGGACAUGGGCUCGCGCGGCCACGGCCUGCGCCCCAUCCUGCUGCCCACCUUCUUCUACGCCGGCCAGGUCCGCAAGGUGGUGGACACCGGCCAGGUGUCGGUGGCGCAGAUCAUGGUGCUCAACGAGCUGCGCGUGCUGGUGGUGUGGCUGGGCUGCCAGGUCGGCCUGCUGUCGGGCAAGCACGCGCACGUGAUCACCAGCGCCCCCUUCUACCGCGGCAACAUCAACGUGAAGCACGCACUGCUGCGCAAGAAGAUGCUGCAGUGCGGCCUCAAACUGGUGGACCAGCUGGGCGAGAUUUGCGAGCGCCAUGAGGUGCCGUUCGACAUGAAGGACAUCGCCGACAACCUGUACAACCUGUGGGUGGCGCUGGAGGGCGAGUGCUUUGCCAUCCACAAGGCUGCGGAGCGCAAGCGCGCCUCGCCCGAGGAGGUGGAGCUGGCCAGCAUUCUGUUCGAGGUGGUGACGGACAUGAAGCGCGUCAUCAGUUCCGACCCGGAGGGCCUCAAGAGCGUCAUGAAGACGGCGCUGCUGAACAACGCCACGGCUGAUUACAAGGAGCUGUCGCGUGUGAUCAAGGUGAUCAAGAAGAUGCUUGUGACUACGGAGGCGGAGGCCACGCCCAACAGCGAGGAGGCGCAGCGCAUUCUGGGCUUCUUCAUCAACUCGCUGGGCCACCCCUCGCUGGACAAGCCCCCCUCUCUCGACAAGAUGUGGAGCUGGUCCAUCCUGACGCCCCUGUACGAGGAGGAUGUGAUGUACGCGCUGGACAGCAAGGCGCUGGCCAAAGAGACGGGCCUGAAAAUGCGCAAGAUGACGGACCUGCUGGGCGAGACGGACGACUCCAUCUCGCUCAUGAGCUACCUCAAGGCCAUGUUCCCGCAGGAGUGGUCCAACUUCAAGGAGCGCAUGAAGACGCUGAACCCGGACAUCAACGUGAAAGACCUGUCGGAGCACGACUUCGCGCCCGGCUGCGACAUGUACGAGUUCAAGCUGGAGCUGCAGAUGUGGGCCUCGCUGCGCGGCCAGCUGCUGGCGCGCACGGUGCACGGCAUGAUGCUGAACGAGAAGGCGCUGGACGAGCUGGCGCGGCUGGAGAACCCGCAGCCGCCCAACAUGACGGAGCUGGAGUACAAGCGCUACAUCCACCAGCUCACGUCGUGCAAGUUCGAGUACGUGGUGACGCCGCAGACGUACGGCAAGAACCGGCUGAGCAAGGACCUGCGCCUCAAGUGGCUGGCUUCGUCCAUCGACAUCCUGAUGGGCAAGUACCCGCGGCUCAAGGUGGCGUUCCUGGACAACGCCGACAGCGACAACGGCCCCGCGCAGUACAGCGUGAUGGCGCGCGGCCGCGACCUGAACGACCCCGGGCAGCUGCAGCACCUGUCGGACAUGGGCAUCCAGGAGAACGAGGACGGCGUGAUUGAGGUGUACCGCGUGCGCCUGCCACACAACAAGUACUCGGGCCGCGGCGUGAUCAUCGGUGAGGGCAAGCCCGAGAACCAGAACCACGCCGUCAUCUUCGCCUUCGGGGAGGGCCUGCAGGCCAUUGAUAUGAACCAGGACAACGUGCUGGCCGAGUGCUUCAAGAGCCGCAACCUGUUGUCGGAGCUGCUGCCCAGCACCAAGGGCGAGUUCCACCUGUUCGCGGACGACGACGAGGAGGUUGCCAUCACGCGCAAGACCAUCGCCAGCGAGCUGAUGUACGUCAUGCGCUGCCGGCAGGUGCAGUGCACCUACACGGCGCUCGUGGGCUUCCGCGAGUGGAUCUUCUCCGAGAAGUCGGGCGCGCUGGGCCGCUUCGCCGCCGCCACCGAGUACGCGUUCGGCACCAUCACGCAGCGCACGCUGACGCACCCCGCACGCAUGCGCCUGCACUACGGCCACCCCGACCUGUUCAACAAGAUGUUCGUGAUGACACGCGGCGGCAUCUCCAAGGCCACGCGCCAGCUGCACCUGACUGAGGACGUGUUCUGCGGCUGCAACCACACGCUGCGCGGCGGGCGCAUCCGCUACAAGGAGUUCAUCAGCUGCGGCAAGGGCCGUGAUAUGGGCUUCGACUCCAUCAACGGCUUCAACUUCAAGAUCGCUGGUGGCGGUGGCGAGUGGGCCAUCUCGCGCGAGAGCUCGCGCCUGGGCUCACGCCUGGACUUCUUCCGGCUGCUCAUGUUCUACCACAGUUGCAUCGGCUUCUACAUCAACUCCUGGCUGACGACGCAGGCGGCGUUCUGGAACAUCUACGCGCUGCUGGUGUUCAACAUGGCCAAGGCCAGCCACAUGAGCGAUAUGCUGCAGCGCAUCUACAACGUGCAGCAGAUUCUGCAGCUGGGUACGCUGGCCAUGAUUCCCUACAUCGGCCAGCUGAUCCUGGAGAUGGGCAUCGUCAAGGCGGUGGUGAUUGUGAUGCAGCAGAUUCUGACGGGCAGUCUGUUCUUCUACAUGUUCCAGCAGCAGACCGUGGCGCAGUCAUUCAUGGCCGAUAUGACAUACGGCAGCGCCAAGUACGUGGGCACGGGUCGUGGCUUCAACAUCCAGGCGCUGGAUUUCGUGAAGAUCUUCACGCUCUACACGCGCUCGCACCUGUACUACGCCUUCGAGCUGCUGUUCAUGCUGGUCAGCAUGUACUGCGUCAAGGGCUGCGAGGUCUGCAACUACGGCUCGCUCACCUGGUCCGGCUGGCUGCUGGGCUUCGUGCUCAUCUUUGCGCCGCUGUGGUUCAACCCCUUCUCCUUCGACAUCGCCAAGGUGCAGGUCAACUUCCUGGCCUGGCAGCGCUGGAUGCAUGGCGACGUGGACACAAUGACCGGCAGCAACUGGUACACCUGGAACGCUGGGCAGCUGGAGAAGCUGCGCAACGACAACGGCAACAACACGGACGAGUGGAUGAACCUGGUGUACACCAUCUUGGGCUGCCUGCCCUACAUUCUGCUGGCCAUCACCGCUGCCAGCCGCCUGGAUAUCGUGAUGCCGGCGGCGGCGCGCUUCCACCCCGUGUUCAAGAGCCAGAUCAUGGUGUUCAUCAUGGCGACAGUGGCCAUCUGGAUCUUCGUGUAUGUCACCAUCCAGGUGCGCACCUACUUCACGGAGCUGGCGGACCACAAGCCGUACCGCAUCUACCGCUACAUCAUGACCGUGUCCAUGUUCAUAUUCCUGGUGCUGUGGCUGGCGCUGGCAUCGCGCUGGUAUGACGGCAACGGCUUCACGUCCAUCCUAGUCAUCCUGUGGGCCAACUUCCAACUGCUGGUGGCUUUCCACAAGUUUGUGACGGUGGCGUUCAGCCAGGACAAUGCCAUGCGCGCCUUCGUGGACAGCUUCCACUACACAGUUGACCAGCUCAUUGGCUACAUCAUGUUCAUCCUCAUCGCCAUCCUGUCCUUCCUGGGCGUGUUCAGCGUGCUGCAGAUGAAGAUUCUCUUCAACGAUGCCUUCGCGCAGACCGCUGGCCACGCGCGCAUUGCACGCGCCAUGAAGGACAACAAGGUGGGCUUCGACAUGCGCGGCGCGGCCGGCAAGCCGCCGCGGCCGCCGCCGCGGCUGGCCGCGGCGCCACCGCCACCGAAGCUGGUGGCUCCAGCCGCUGCUGCGCCGUCCACCGCUGCGCCCAAAUCCAAUUUCGAUGUGAAGUCGCUCGUGACCAGCGAGCACCGAUACAUGUAGAGCUGGCGAGGGCUGUAGAUAGCUACACCGAGAGGGCAACGGAGCGAGCGUUGCAUUUGCGAGCGGAACACGUUCAUUUGUGUGUGUCCAGUUGGUGUACGAGGUGAGUUGAUACCUCAUGCAAAUUCGUGCGCUGCUACGCCGGCGUGGCGCUGGUAGGUGCCACCAAGGUUUGGAGAUUCUUAUGUGUGCCUGAUGAUUUGACAAGAUGCGUCGUGAUGGAUGUGUUAAGUGAUCCUGCUGGGAGCCACAGCGGCCUGGCUGGCUGUGAUUUUGGGACGUGCAUGACGUGUGACCACCAGCCCUGUGUGGGGUUGACAUCAUCCUGCAUUCGCCGAGGCGUUGCGCCGCAAUAGGGAAGGGAGUUCGCAACUGGUUGGUCUUGAGCAUGCAGCAGGGGCAGGCACGACGAAUGGCACUGGACAUGCUAUGCGGCGGUGCGUUCUGCCCAGGCAGACCAGCUGGGUUCAUACCGGCAUCCAUACCGUAUAAAUAGCAGAUAUGGGCCACAACAUUAUGGACCGCCGUGGCGAGGCAGUUGAUCAUGGCUUUCGCCCUUCGUAUUCAUGUGCAAGGCCGAUGCGCAUGGCGUUCCAUUUGGUACACCUGACUGCUGCACACGCUUGUCGGGUCUGCGGGGCCGCGUGGGAAGAACGCUGCGCACACGCUUGCACGCACAUUGGCUAGGAAGAGUGGUGACGGGGUACAUACAGAGUUUUGGCGGUCGUGCGGAAAGGUGUUGAUGCGUGCGACUAUGGUGUGCUGUCAGUUAAUUGUGCUGUUUUAGUGUGGGACUUGCUCUCUCCAGGGGGCUACUAAGCAAACGUUGUCUGAAGGGACAAAAGAAUUCAUUGUGCCAGCCGCACAGUGGUGGCCGAUGCUUGCGAGCUGCUGAAACAAAGCAGUUCACGCUGACAUACAAGAACUCUUCGCGCUGUAAUGCCUGCAAGCU